UUUACAUUGAACAGCUGCCAUGUACUUCCUGUAUAAGAAAUGAAAGUGAAAGCAGCAAACUGCUGAAUAACAACGCGAGGCAACUGCUUGUCUAAGAAGAGAAUUUUUUAGUCAUCUUGCUGAAAAGAACAUGGACGAAAUAACCAGAGUGCAAGCUGAGAUCCAGACUUAUAAGGAAAAGCAUUCUUCACUGUUGCGUGAGAUGGAUGACCUGGAUAAAGAUAAGCUGUCUUCUGAGCAGUUGGCUGGCCAGAUUCAAGACAGCGUGAAUAAACAGAAAAAAAAGAUUAGUGAAAAUGAAGAGGAAUUGGACAGAAAAGAGCAAGAACAUAAGAAAAAUGUUAGCAGCAUGAAGGAAAAGAACCAGAAGCUGCAACAACAAAUUGAACUCAUGAAGGAAAGUAUUCUUGAUUGUGAAAGAAAAACAGAUAAUUUGAAGAAGAUUUGCUCAAGUGGAAUGGUAAAGAAAAUGGUUUUCAAGGGUAAUGUAAGCAACAACAUGAGCAGUUUGAGUGCCAAGCAUCAAAUAAAAUAUCCUGUUAAUGGAGGAUCAGCGCUGAUCACCUUUCAAAAAUCAUCUGUUGCUGCAGAUAUUAUUUACACCAAGAAUCACAAAGUAAAUGUUGAGGAAUGUUGGGUGAAUGUGAAUGCUGAAGCUGUGGAACUUUCUGUACUGGAUUUUCUUAAUAUGGAGAUGAAUUUGAGUCCAAAAAAGAUCCUUGUAUAUAAUCUGCCCACCGGACUUGAAGAAGAAGUCAUCAUGGAUAAACUAGAGUUGUUUUUUGGGAAAAGUAAGAAUGGAGGUGGGGAGGUGGACAAACGAGAGUUCUUAGAUGACUGCAAAAGUGCUAUCCUCACUUUCAUUGAUAAAGAAGUUGCUUCACAACUGGUUGAAAAAAAAUCCUUCCAUGUGCCUUUUGGAGACUCUUCUCACAAAGUAUGUGUAGCACCUUCUUUAGAAGGCAGCCUGCAGGACCACAAGAUGAGGAAGCUGAAAUGUAACCGUACAGUCCUAAUUACAGGAAUUCCAGAUAUUACAGACAAAGAUACUCUGCGGGAUCUUCUUGAGAUACACUUUCAGAAACCCAGCAAUGGUGGCGGAGAGGUACAAGAGCUGACAUAUUGUCCAGAAGGACAAUACACUGUAGCUCUUUUUGAAGAUGACGAAGAUGUGCCAAUGACAGAAUAAUUCUUGGGAAAAAUAAUGAGAAUAUAUACCUGUAAUGCUUUUUUAACAUGUAUGUCUCUUUUUUUCCCCUUUAAUUUUUAGGAAUUAAUUUUCACAGCUACAUUUAUCCCCAAGUGUUAUCCGUACCCUUUUUUUUAUUUAUUUUUAUUGUGGAUAGAGUGGGGAAAGAUUGGCACCUCUGUCAGGUUUUACUUCUAUUGGGGAAUCCAUUAGAGUAGAGAAUUAGGUUUUCCCUCACUUCCUUUCCUGGGGACAACAUUUAUCAUAGACAUUGUUUCCCCAUUUAAAUAUUUUCCCUCACUUCCUGUUGGGUAAACAGGGGUUCUAACCAUUCCUCCAUUUUAUCCAGAAUGAAUAAAAAAAAGGUUUGGCUAUAGUUGAAAUAUAAUUCUUCAUAAAAUAUGAAUCAGGUUUUGGUGAAUUCUAGGGACAGUGAAAAAAAAACAUUUUUUUUUAAAGUGCCAUAUUCUACUUCUGUCUAUCUUUGAACAUGUCUCAAUAUACAUGUUUUAUGUCUGUUUUCGUAAAAAGAAAUGAUCGUGUAGUACUGCUGUCAAAUCCUUUUUUCUUUAUCUGUAUGGGGACACUAUCAAAUGUCAGCUCGGGAAGGUAGCAUCGUAGAAGAAUUAAAGUACUACAAUGAGCUCUGUCUUCAACUGCCAUAUAGGCCAAAAUAAGUAAAUUUGUGUAUUUCAAUGCAACGUGUGUAUUUAUUGCCUAUGGGUAAUUUAUCAUAUAUACUAAAAUAUGCACCAAAGA